AUGCUUGCGUCACUGAAACCCGAGCUGGCCUGUGAUUUCUUCGCUUCUGCCGACCGUUUCCACAUGGAGGAUCUGAGAGCAACAGCUCGCGAUCUCAUCUUCAUGAAUCCCGCCGAAGCCCUGAAAGAGCGUCUGGCUCUCCGGCCGGAGCUUCUGGAGGAGAUCCUGGGUUCCGGCCUGCUGUGCAUAGAAGCAGAAGAUAUGAAAACGAUUCUCCAAGGCUGGGGAGGGGAUGAUUGCGAUUCUCUCGCAUCGAUGAUGAAUGUCCGAGCAGGCAAUGAGCACACGGAAGAUGUGCUGGGUACACUCUGGAGUCGCUACGAAAGUGGCAACAAGAAGGGCGUUUUUCUUGCAUACUGGGUAUCGGUUGUCCUGGGGCCCGGGCUGGGAGGAAAUAUAAUCACGGACGAGCUCGAACCACUAGCCUCCAAUCAAGCAAGAUACUAUUUCGCUGACGGGUGGGUACAGUGGCACCUUCCGCAUGCUUCGGUUCACCUUCAAGGCGUCUCCUUUAAAGUCACGACAGCAGCCUCGACAUCUUUCCGGAUCAAUGUGAAGUCCGACGAGGACGGCGCGACCUGGCACCUCGCCUACGAGUCACACAGGAAGGAAAUCCAAAAGCACACUUUCCUGGCUUGCAAAAGGCCGCUGGGCCUUGUGAAGUACUUUAAGCUGGAAGUCCUCGAGGGCGAGCUCGGCACUGAUUUCAACAUUCACGGCAUCUUGCAGACGUCCAUUGCCAUGUGA